UCCCCAACCUCCUACCUCUUCUUUAUUUCUCUUUCCUCGCCCCUCACAGCUUUCACUCUUCUGUAUUAUCCCCCUCUCUGUAUUCCACCUCCCUCGUCCCCUCUCUGUCACUGUUGGAAAGCUGCAGGCAGAUGAGGCAGCAUGCAAUAAUGUUGCUAUAUUUGACAAGGCACGCGCACACCCUCUCCUGCCAGAUGCAUGGCUGCACGCACUUAUGAGAAAGAGGAAGGGAAGGCGAGGGCACCCGCGCUUUCAGACACACUGGAUGCGGUCUGAGCGCUGGAAUCACAAACAAAGCGACACACGGAGAGGGGUAAUGCAUGACGCCAGCAAACCAACCCUGUUUUUGCUCUGCAUCUCUCUCUCCUUCUCUCUCAGACACACGCUCACGCCUUUCAGACACACGGCAGCGCACAAGUCAGGGAGCAGGACAGCGUUGGAUGCAUCAUUUAUACAAGGAAAAGAUCAGAAGGAAAGGAUUAACUCUCUCCAACCAUCUCCCUCUAAGGAUCUUAUCCCCCCUUCCUUUCUGAUGUUCCUCUAAGCCUAUCUUCACCUUGCUUUAAACAAACAACAGAAAAAAACAAUCUCUCCUUUUGCACAAUUUAUUGGCUGGCUGAGGGAAACAGACCGAUCACAAUCUUGAGCGUUUGGAUUGCUUUAACUGAAUCAGUGUCAGUUUCUCCUUCGAUGGUUGGUCCUGUGAGAAAUUUUUUGACCGUUUGUUUUCUUUGGAUGAAUGGCUGACAGCAGCAAGCAAUAAGACUGGUGCAGUCUGAGGUAUCUGGUGAAAAGGUAAUUUGUUGCUGUUUUUCGUCAGUCUCUGUCCAUGUGGAGGCUGCAGGCAUGACAGCCUGACCCCAUCAUAGCCCCACUCCGCAUGAGGUGGAAGGCCACAGACGUCUGUGUCAUGCCCCCUUACAUUCACCCCCCUGGGGGCACUGGACUGUCCCCAACCAGUGCUACCAUCUACUUGACCAGACAUGUCUUCUGUGUCCUGAGUCUCUUCGCCAUGUUGGUCUUGCCAGCCUCCUCAUGCCCUCCUUCCUGCCUCUGCGUCUCAGACAGCCUUGUUGUGGAUUGUGGGGAACGUGGACUCUCCUCCUUGCCUCCUAUGCACCUUCUGCCUUCAGGAAGCCACUCCUUACUGCUAGCCAACAAUAAGCUCGCCUCACUGGGAGCCUCAUCAUUUGCUAACCUCUCCUCUAUGGAGAAGCUGGACCUUUCCAAUAACUACCUGGAUAAUUUACCAGCCGGAUUGUUUAGAGACAUGUCCAACUUGACAAGACUGACUCUGCACAACAACUCACUAACAGUAAUGGACAGAGACCUCUUCCAGGGUUUGGGCAGUCUUCACAGUCUGGACUUGUCAUUAAAUGGUCUGUCCACUAUUCCCAUAGGCUUAAUGGAUGAGCUGCAGCAUCUCAGGUGGCUCUCGCUGGCAGGUAACAGACUUCACGCUUUGGAGAGGGCAGCGUUUGAGCCACUGGCCAACCUACAACACCUAGAACUGGGACAGAACCCCUGGGAAUGUGACUGCAACCUCCGUGAUUUUAAACACUGGAUGGAGUGGCUGCUGUACCGAGGGGGUAAGGUGGAUGCACUGGAGUGCACACUACCGAAGGACCUGCGUGGGAGGGACAUACGCGGCGUUCCGGUAGAGAUGUUCAACUACUGCCUCCAACUUGAAGAUGAGAACAGAGGAGGAGGAGGUGGUGAGGGUGCUCGUUCUGGACAAGGAGGCAGUCCUCCAUGCAGCAAGAGUGCUCUUAGCUCAAGUGGGGCAACGCCAGUUUCUGACAACAGCGGCAGCACUGGUGUUGACUCCUCUGCAUCCACAGGAGGUGGUGGAGGCGGGGAGGCCUCAUCGGAUUGUGUCCGUGCCCGCUACAGACCUGUGAGUGUGCGCCGCGCCAUCGGCACAGUGGUAAUUGCUGGCGUGGUGUGCGGUAUUGUUUGCAUCAUGAUGGUGGCCGCUGCUGCUUAUGGCUGCAUCUACGCUUCUCUGAUGGCCAAGUAUCAGCGAGAGUUGAAGAAGAGGCAGCCGCUAAUGGGGGAUGGAGAGGCUGAUGGGGAGGACAGGGAAGACAAACAAAUCUCCUCUGUGGCCUAAAAAAGGAAUGGGACAGAAGAGAGCUGGCAAGUCAAAAGGGUGAAGGUUAAAAGCGAUGAAAAAAAAAAAGGAAAAAAAAGGGCUCAAAAAGGAGAGAGAUGGACAGGCUCGUUUUCUACUCACAGACAUUAUUGUAUCUCUCCCUCUGACUCUUAUGCGGACACCUCUUUCCCAUUUUUUGUCUUCCCUUCCUCAUCCUCAGUCUAUUUUUAACCACUUCCAGUUAUGUCCUUCUCUCCAACAUACUCUCCCACACACACAAACCUUAUCUGUUCCCUGAUUUUCUCUUCAAUUUUGGGCCGUUUCUGUCUGCAGUAUUUGCACCAAUUAUCCCUCCAGGUUCCCUGCCAGCCACCAACUGCAGCUAAAUUUGCCGCUAUAUUGGCCAGGAAAAAAAAAAAAAAAAAGGCAGUCGUGGUUAUCCCUAUACUACAAAACAUAUCAUUUAAGAAGUUAUGAAGCAACCAUGUUGCAUGGUCAGUCAGUAUUUGCAAAUCUAGGCUGAAGAUUCAGGGAUUCUCAGUAUGCAUGGUGUGAAUUGGACCAAUGUUGACACUUAUUUAUAGAACUUGUGCCAUCUCUCCAAAGCCAGUGGUUACUUAGAAAAAUCAGGAUUCCAAUACAUUUAGUCCUGUCUUCAGGCAUAAUCUUUUCAAAACUUUUUUUCCUUGAACCUCUGAGACUCCAGGGAAUAACUGAUCCUAAGAACCGCAUUGAGGGAUAUUUGUGUUAAAUCAAAAAGAGAAUUGCUUAUGUAUGCUGAUGAUACAUAAAAGUCCUGCUGAACAAGAUCUGAAUUGUCAAAAUCCAAGAAAAUAUAUGUCAGCUACAUAUAUCAACUAUCAUCAACUACGUCAACUUCUGUCUCUCUACCCGAAGUCACUGCUUCUCUGGAUCUUUCUGGACUAACAAAGCUCAACAAGCAGAAACUACAACAUAAUGAACUCAUCCUUCAGAAAAAACUGAAAAAUACAGUGGCAUUUAACUGCAAUUUUUUGCUGAUCAACUUGUCAUUUUCAAGAAAAAAGAUUACCCGUGUAAAAUGGUCUGCGCAAACCAAAAUCUCAAUCAUAGUAAAGAAAGUGGUAAAACUUCACCUGUAGAUCUGUUGUGAGCAUUUCUGGAACUGAAAAGGACAAGAGAUUUCAUUCUCUAACCCCCCCGCCCAAACAGGUAAAGGUUUGCUACAGUAGCAUAAACAACAAUCUCAGAGAGCAUUGUUAUCUGCUAAGGACUACAAAAACUCAUCUAUAAACUACAAACGUCAACCUCUUGCACUUUAUUUCCCCCAACAGAUACCCUCUGGUGGCUCUCCCAGUCUUUCUUUCCUUCUGUACCUUUCAAAGAAAGAUAAAUCACCCAGCAGGAUUAUAACGAGGGGAUUAUAUAAAAAAGCUGCUAUUUUACUCCUUCAUCCUUUUUAUCUGCUCACCCAUCUUUCUACCCAGUAAUAUUUGUGGACAGCUUUUCCACACUGCUUAAGGACUUCAUCCGUUCCUUUCAACAAUCCCUCCCUCAAAACAGUUUUUUUCUUUUAUUUACCAUGAAGGGUGUGCAAUAUGCAAUGGAAAUUUUCUUUCUGUUAACAAAACGUCACUGCUAAUUUGAUAAGAACAUAGUUGUGUUUAUAUAUACAUAUAUAAUAUUCAGAUUGUUUGCUUCACAUUGCGUUUUCAUGAUCUUGAUUGAAACCCUGAAAGAUCUAUGUGAACAACUGUUUUAGGUGAUUUAAGUAGCAUUUAUUGCAUAUUGCUUCCCUGAAGUAAAUCUCUGUUCCCUCUCAAUUUUUGAUUGGCUUGGAAUGAACCUAUGUUAUUUGUGUGUUUCUGAUAUCUGACUAUAUUGCAGACAUCUACUAUGGUGUUUUGGCCCAAAAAUUCCAAAAUGUUUCAGAUGUAUCUGUUUUUGGUUUCUUGUAUGAACCCAUAAUGUAUGUGUCCUUUGUUGUGUUGAUGGAUUCAGUUUUUUGUUUUAGAUUUUAAUAUCAGUGCAAUAGUUAUUUGUUGUGUCCUUGGAAACAUUUAUGUAAGAAGCUUAGACAGAGUUUAGAUUGUCUGGAUGGGCUUUAUGAUGCCUUGUCUCUGUUAUUUUGAAUUAAAUCUAAAGUUUUAUAAAUGACUAAUAAGACUUUUUUGCUAUAUUAGCUGAACCUCCUUGAUCGUUCACAAAACCAUGUGUCAUAUGCUGGUUUUUUUGGUAACUUUUUACACCAUUUACCCUCGAGUAAAAAAAAAAAAAAAAACUUUCUUAAUAUUUAAUGCCAACUUUUUGUGUGAUUUAAUAUCCAGUAAAGAAGUAUACAAGUAGACAUGAGGUGCAAAAAUAGUUAAAAGUGAAAUGAAAUCAUACUGAAGUCUCAAAUCCUUUUUCAUAUUGAACCUAAAAGUUAUGGUUUGGCAUGAAUGCAAUUUGGUAUACAUGCAGAAGAGAGGUUUGUAAAUGGUUUGAUUUUCAAGAAGCUGGCACAUACAGCCCAAAUAAAAGGGGAUAACAAGAUGACCGAUAUGCUACAGGCGGUUUUUAUACAACCUACCAACAGGGUUAAAUGGCAGGUUUUUCUAAGUACCACCACAUUGAUGGACAUUUCGAGAUCGUGGCGUGAUCAGACUUGGACUUUACAUUUUUGUUGUUUUAUACAGUUAAAACAAAGAAAAUAAAAGAAACAAUCUUAUCUAUUUACACUGCAUGGUUAGUUGAAAGUUACAACAAAUAAACAUAUUAUUUUUACCCAAAAGGUGAAACAAGUAAGAAAGAAAUUAGAAAUAAGGUUUCAGAAAAUCAACAGGAAGAUAUCCUGAAAUUAAAAUCCAAAGUGGGAAAACCAGAGAUUUGGUCUUUUUGCAUAUAAAAGUUAGUCAUAGCCGUGGUAAAAAACACGUACAUUUUUAUCAUUCAAAUUAAUUCUAUCACACAAAUAGUACUAAAAUGUUGCUACAAAAUUUUGUGAAUUGCACAGCUAUCAGUUUGUUUGGCUAAUAGCAGUUAAGUCUGGUCAUCCAGCAUAUUAAUAAGCAAAUCCCACUGGUUAAAAAAAAAAAAAAAACUUUAAAAUAAACACUUUUAAUUUGGGUUUGGUGUAAUUUCAAGACCCAAGUUCCAAAUUCAGAUGCAGAUUGAACAUACCACAAGCAGCCAUCAACAGUUGUUCCUGGUUCAUUGUUGUCAGCAUGAGUUUGGGAGUAGUCACAAUUUUCUCCACUGCACUUUGCUAUUAAAAACACACUGAUGCAGCAAAGAUGAUUGAAGAACACAUCUUCAUAGCUGUUGUUUUGAAGCUAAUUUAUUCCUUUUUAUCUUGAAAACAAAUGGAUCCAGACUACCAUUAAAGGCAGCCCAAGAACCACCUGUGGUAGUAGUAACACAGACUGAGAAAAAUUGCAUUAAGAAAGAUUGCUCAUACUUGACUGAAUAACAGGGUACCCUCUUGCAAAGCCAAUGCAUUUUGUGUUUGCAUGAUGCCAAAUUGUUGCAUUGUGCCAUUUCCUGGUUUGUGGGGCAUCCUCUUUACUACACAAUAUAUGUAGAAGCCAUCAUGUACCAAUUGUUUCCAACAACAAGUCACUGACCUCUGUACAAUCUACAUGGGAGGUAGCUGUAUGAUACAACCACCUGACCUUAUGCAUAGCAAAGAUGUAACCUCUUUCAAACUGCCAAGUGGCACUAAUGCUGCAUUAUGCAUCUACAAAGCAACCCCUGUGUCUGUGACCCUGACAUGUUGUUCUGACUGACUAUUGGAUUCUCUAAUAACUUAUACCCUAUGCCACUCUUUCUAGAACUGCCAGCUACUUCCAAAUUGAAUAAUUUACAUACUGAUAGUUGGUCUGCAUGUGCACCAAAUUAUGUGUAAAUUGGAUCAUUCCUUAUUGGUCCUUAAUUUUUUUUGUCAGAGUGUACACAUAAGGACCCUGCCUGUACUGUUUUUAAGUAUGACAGGAUAUUUACAUGAAAAAGGCAAAAUGCAUCAGCAGUGUUUUACAUGCAUCAAAAGAUAUACAUCUACUUAGUUUGGGUAUAGCAACCCACAUAUCAACCAGGUUGUGUCUGGUCGCUCACUGCAUGCACCGCAAUCCUUUUCAGCGUUGUUCUAUUUUCAAGCGUCUUAUGUUUGUUAAUGACAACAAUUUAAAUGCAAGAAAUGAUAUUGCAGCUUUCCUGAUGCGAAUUCACCUUUAAAGUGCUACAUUUUUGACUGAGUUCUUCAGUAUCUAAACAUCAAAAAAAUCAGCACAAGCGCUGCUAAAAGGGUAGUUCAGAUUUUUUGAAUUGAAGUUCUGUGAAGUUAUCAUCAGUAACAGUUGUCUUACCUGAGGUAGACACGUCAUAUUGCAGUAAGUUUCUACAAAAGCGAAUUAGUCCGCAGAGCAGGCCAACAACAAGUCAGCCCUAACCCCUUUUUAGGGGGUAGGCCCCUUUCAGGCACAACUCAACUAGAUUUUGUUGUGCCUGUAUCAAUCCACCUGAUCAGCUGAUUGGAAAUGAUCCUGGUGGACUGACAAACAACUAUGAAACCCGGAAUAGCACGGAAGCGUACCAUUAUCUGUGCUGUGGAACACCUGACACAUUGUUGCAGAAUCCAAAAGUUUACCUCAUUCUUGGCAGACAGAAGUGGACUCACAACUUUGAAGAGCCUUGCUUUAGAAAAGAACUAUUCAUUUUAUACAAAACUUAGUAACUUUAUGCAAAAUGGAAAUUUUGUGAUAAAAUAUGCUAUACUUAGCUCUGCUAUUAAAAAACUGCAGACGACGAUAACAAAGGUUCAAGUAGCACUGUUCAACAUCCCUUAGUGACCCUAUAGCUGGUGUAUGGUUAUUUUGUCUUUUAUACUGUUAAUUGCCAGACAUUACAUUCAUCAGAGAGACUUAAGCUAAAGUAACUCCAUAGCCAGGGUUUCAACUUCAUUAAAUUGGAGAAAAUUAGGGCUGAUAAUUGUAGAAAAAUAUGUAACUGCGAAAAUAUUGUGAUGGCAAUACUAUUACCUAUUAACUAUUUUUUUCAGUCUUCUCUUAAUUUCCCAUCAUCAUGAUCCCUCAACCCAAACAUAUUAUAAACAUGCAGAGGAUGAAGUUAGCAACACUGCAAAUUCUGAUUCAAGAUAUGUUCCUUAGGUUGAGCCAAGGCAUGUGUAGGUCAAAAUUAAAUAAAAAAACAUUUAAAAACAUUUUCCCCUGUCUGUUAUGCUAAAGAUCACUUUCAGAGACUCUACCUAAACUCUGUCUAGGGAUCUAGAAACAUCUUCCCCUGACUCCUGGGUCUGCAGGUCUUUUAAUGUUGGUAGCUAAGUAUCUUAGCUAGCUUAAUCCUCUCCCUAUAGCUUUUGUGUAUAAGUAAUAAUAAAUUACAGUAUGUUAUUAACAAUGCAGCAGCAGAUGCAGCCAUGAAGACUGAGGGCCUUAGUGACUGCACAGCACAAAAAUAUACGGUGUGUUGUGUUAUGAUGAUUGUGAUUAUUACAAUGCUGAUAUGAUGAUGGUGACGAAGCAUUUUUCUGGUCAACAUGCUUUGAUUUGAAUAAAAACUUAUCACACCUGU